AUGCUUGGUAAAGCCCCUUCAACGAUAAUUACCGAUGAUGACAAGGCAAUGGCGAAGGCCAUUGCUGAGAUGCUCCGGAAUUCAACUCAUAGGUUGUGCUUGUGGCAUAUUUUACAGAAGUUUCCUGAACACUUGGCCCAUGUUUAUAACAAAUUUCCUUACUUUGGCAAAGAUUUUCGUCAUUGCAUCCAUGAGACAAUUACAGCUGAUGAGUUCGAGCAAGAAUGGGGUGGUAUAUUAUCCAAGUAUGAAUUGGGAGAAAAUAAUUGGUUGCAAAGUCUUUACAGCCGACGGCAUAAGUGGGUUCCGGCUUAUUUGCAUUCAACAUUCUGUGCCGGUAUGUCAACAACUCAAAGGAGUGAAAACAUGAACAAAUUUUUCAAGGAUUAUGUUCGUUCAAGCACUAUGGUUAGUGACUUUGUGUAUUAG